AUGCAGGCAUUGAUGCUGUUCUUCGCGUUCAUCCUGUGCUUUGCCAUGACCGUGAAUAUGAGCAUAGCUAUAGUUGUUAUGACCGACCCAGCUCAAACAAAUCGAAGGGAAACUUGGUCGCAUGGAGCAACGGUCACUUGGAUUUCGACUGCAUUCCCGGACGGAUUAAGUCCUUCGAAUGGAGCAUCCAGAAACAAGGAGUGGUACUCUCGUCAUUCUUCUGGGGAUAUCUUGCACUUGAAGUGCCUGCAGGUGAACUGGCGAAUAGGAUAUUUUGGUCCUGCUGCAGUGUUUAUUGCAUUAGCCCACGUAUCUGCGGGAAACGUGACCUUGGCUGUGACGCUACUCACUCUGGCACUUGGAAUAAACGAAACUUUUUACAGCGGAUACAUGCUGGGCUCGUUGGACAUGGCUCCAAUUUUUGCUGGUACACUGAUGGGCAUAUCGAGUACAUUCUCAACCGUUAUGGCAAUCGUCGCUCCCCUGGUGAUUGGUGUCAUACUGAAGGAUGAGGCCGUGAAUAAACGUUUCUUCUUCUUCUGCUUCUUCAUCUGCAACCGGGGUGUUGCAGAUGUCCAUGGGCGGCGGUUAUCCCUUAACAUCAGGCGAACUGCAAGAAUUUAUUUCUUUCAGACGGACUUAGUGGAAUGGCGAUACGUAUUCUACCUGUCGGCCAGGCCGCGGUGUACGGUGGCGAAUGUGUUUUACAUGAUAUUUGGAAGCAGCGACAAGCAACAAUGGAACGAACCGAGAAGCUUGAACAUUUAUUUAUUUAUUAUUUAUUAUAUUUAUCAAAAACCACCUAUG